AUGCCUCUCUCACACGAAUCGCUCCCAAGCACAAUCAACCGCACCCGCACAGAAUGGCAACUCUACACAUCCCACUUCCUAUCCAUGUGGAACUCACGGCUCUUCGAGUUCGGCGCCGUCCUCUUCCUCGCAUCCAUUUUCCCAUCCACCCUCUUCCCCAUGUCCAUCUACGCCCUCGUUCGAAGCCUAUCAGCAAUACUCCUUGCCCACGCACUCGGCAGAUGGAUCGACACCGGAAACCGCCUCACCGUUGUUCGGGUAUCCAUUUUGGGGCAGAGACUUGCCGUGGCAGGAAGCUGUGGUGUCUUGUGGGCCAUGGAGACGCGGAUAGGAGGGCUGAAUGCGAGUCGUGUGAAUGGUUUGUUUGUCGUUCUGGUUGCGUUGGCGUGCGUUGAGAAAUUAUGCGCUACGAUGAAUACUAUUGCUGUGGAGAGAGAUUGGGUUGUUGUUAUAACGAACGAUGACGAGGACUGGAGAAGAGCUGUCAAUGCGAGAAUUCGUCGGAUAGAUCUCUCUUGUAAACUUGUCGGGCCACUCGUCAUAUCCCUCGUGGCAAUGAUGUCCACCGUCGUUGCUAUCUGGACAGUCUUGGGCAUGAAUAUGGCCUCCAUUUUUGUUGAGUACAUCUGCAUAGAAAAAGUGUACAAAAGCGUUCCCGCCCUCGAAAGACGUGCCGCUGAUGAAGAAACUCCACCUGACGAUCAACCAACAUCUCGCCUCUCGUCCUUCUUCACCAACAUUAUCCCUCUCUCCUCGGUCCCAUUCUACAUCCAUCACCCAGCGUUCCUCCCCUCAUUCUCCCUCUCCCUCCUCUACCUCACUGUGCUCUCCUUCUCAGGCCAAAUGAUCACAUACCUCAUGUCCGUCGGCUACACGCCGCUGUACGUCGGUAUAGCCCGCACGGGAAGCACCAUCGUCGAGCUAAGCGCAACAUGGGCAGCACCGAGGCUCAUGAGGAAAAUUGGUCCUAUACGAGGCGGAUUGUGGAGUAUCAACUGGCAGAUGGGUUAUCUGGCGGUCGGUGUUUGCUGGUACAUCGUGGAUAUGAAUAACCAGUCGGGUAAUCAGUUGAUUUCAGCAACCGUCUUAGCUAUCUGCGUGGCUUUUAGUCGGCUAGGUCUUUGGGGGUAUGAUCUCUGCGCACAGAAUAUAGUCCAGGAUGAAGUGGAAGCUUCGCAUCGAGGGGCGUUUUCCACAGUCGAAGCAGCAUUCCAGAAUCUCUUUGAGUUGCUUUCCUUUGCGUCGACGAUGGUAUUCUCCAGACCAGAGGAGUUUAAGUGGCCAAUGCUGAUAAGUAUUGUGGCGGUGUAUGUAUCUGGAAUAAUGUAUGCGGUGUUCUUGCGUUCACGAAGAGGGCAUUUGUUCCAUGCGCCGCCGUGCUUGAAGGGUAGAUCGGAAGGAAGGAUAGUCUUGGAAUAA